UGAAUUAUACCGUUUAGCGACUUCAGUACAUGCCUCAUAGCUCCAGUCUCAAACUUAACCCCGUCCCUGCUGAAGAAGAGGCGGUCUGCUGGAUGGAGAAAGAAGCUCUCGUGAAAGAGAUGGAGGAAGAGGAGGCUGUUACAAUACAAAAACAAGUAGAGGUUGAGGCUGUUACCGUGAAAGAAGAGAAAGACGUCUCAGUUAAAGAAGAGGGAGACUCGUUCAGAGUUAAUAAAGAGGAGGACGACGACGUUUCAGUGAACGAAGAGGAGGGGGAGGUGACUGUCACAUCGGAAAAUGAAGAAGAGGAGGAAACUGGAUAUCUGGGCCCGGUUUCCCAAGCGCAUCUUAAGGCGUCCGAUGGUUCUAACGAUGAACGGGCCCUGAUUAACACUAGAGAGAGACCUGACUAUGGUGGAUCCUCUGGGGGGCCUCAACAACCUCAUGAUGCUGACGCGGCAGAGGAGAGUCUCUCCACUUCAAAACACUCCAAGAAACACCAGCAGAGACCCACAGGGAAGAAAUCUCAUUGCUGCUCUGACUGUGGGAAAGGUUGCAAAUCUUCAUCAGAACUUAAAAUACACCAGAGAAUUCACACAGGAGAGAAACCUUAUAGCUGUGGUCAAUGUGGGAGGAGUUUUGUUCAAUCUAGCCAUCUGACUGAACACCAGAGAACACACACAGGAGAGAAACCUUAUAGCUGUGAUCAAUGUGGGAGGAGUUUUGUUCAAUCUAGCCAUCUGACUGAACACCAGAGAACACACACAGGAGAGAAACCUUAUAGCUGUGGUCAAUGUGGGAGGAGUUUUGUUCAAUCUAGCCAUCUGACUGAACACCAGAGAACACACACAGGAGAGAAACCUUAUAGCUGUGAUCAAUGUGGGAGGAGUUUUGUUCAAUCUAGCCAUCUGACUUCACACCAGAGAACACACACAGGAGAGAAACCUUAUAGCUGUGGUCAAUGUGGGAUGACUUUUACUACAUCUAGCGGUCUGACAUUACACCAGAGAAAACACACUGGAGAGAAACCUUAUAGUUGUGAUCAAUGUGGGAUGAGUUUUACUGGAUCAGGCAAUCUGAUUCGACACCAGAGAACACACACAGGAGAGAAGCCUUAUAUCUGUGAUCAAUGUGGUAAGAGAUACUCUGAUAAAAGACCUCUGAUCAAACAUCAGAAAAUACAUACAUGAAGAAGUUGUUUCAAGAUAUCAAUGAAAUAAUGUCAGAAUGUAGAAUUUAAAAACAUUGUAGUAGGUGUAUUUUAAUGAUGUCACAAUGUAGAAUGUUUUAACAUUGUAGUAGGAGUAUUUUAAUGAUGUCACAAUGUAGAAUGUUUUAACAUUGUAGUAGGAGUAUUUUAAUGAUGUCACAAUGUAGAAUGUUUUAACAUUGUAGUAGGAGUAUUUUAGUGAUGUCACAAUGUAGAAUGUUUUAACAUUGUAGUAGGAGUAUUUUAAUGAUGUUCUACCUUAUCGCUUGCCCUGUUCAAUUGAUUGUAGCAUGAUAUGGAUAUUAGCCUCAGGGGAAAAUCCAGGCUCUGAAUUGAAAUAUUAUUUAACAAAAAGUGAGUAACAAAAAAAUAGCUGUGUUACCCUUACUGCGUUGGUGACCCUCUUGAAUCAAAAUGUAGCACUUCAAAAUGUAGCUAGCUGUUUUCUACUAGUUGAAAAAGCUGCUUGUUUAAAAAAAUACAUGUAAUAUGAUAAUUGUUGCAGAUGUUUGUAUUUUCACACAUGAAAGCAGUAUAAUAAAUUGGUCUAUAAUCAAUU